GUAACUAACGAUUACCCUGUCAACACGCGCGAGUAAACAUGGCCGUCAUACUUGCACGUUGUAGAGCGAUCUCUGAUGUUUUCAUGAAGCAUUUGGCAUUAACCACACCUGGGGAACCAUAAGGCCACACCUAGAAUAUAGAUCCAGCUCUUGGUUGACAGCAAACAGGUCGCAUCAACAGACCAUGGAUGUAAUUCAAAACCAAGCACCAAUAACAUCACUGUUGCCAUGAGAACAACACCAGUGGAUGGAGGAAACAACAGAUAUCACCCUAGAGAAUGUACAGCACUCAUACAAGCUAAAAAUAUAGACGUCUGAAAGUCAUCUCAUGGGCACCAGACAGAAAUGGUUCUCCAUGAGAAGGCUGAAACGAUCCAGCUUUGUGAAAGAGAUGCAUUAACUACAAAAAUUGUAUGAAACAAAACUGCCAGGAAAUGUCUGUUCAAGAACCAGAAUAACCUUCCUUUUAAAAGAAAAAAAAAAACAAGCUAUAUCUUAAUUCCAUAUGCAUAACAGCAAUGUAAAAGGGAUAAUCCAGCAACAUAAGGAACAACACUGUUGUAGCUGCCUAACUGAAAUUGAAGCAAUUGUCCAUGCUUCAUUCAUUCUCUUGACUGGAGCUGGUCAUUGGAGGGAGCACAUUGAUAGACAUAGCAGCUGAUAAGGCCAGCCACAUGCCUGUCUUGAGCAAUGGGAGAAGGUCCAUGUUUGUAAGCCAGUUCUUCUUCUGGCCACAUUGGUGUUGACCACCUUCUAAGGUACUUGUGCCAGGUCACAUGACAAACCAGACCAGCUUACGCCACUUGGCUGUUAUGAGUAAGGGUUUCUGGCAUCCAAUCAAGUGUGGCAAUCAUGCUUCAUACAAAGUCUUUGAUUUUAUGUACCUUGUAUGAGAUCUAAAGCAGCCUCUUGAAUUGUAUCAACAAGUAGAGUCAACGUUUCAUAUCUAUAAAACAGGAUCGGUACUGUGAGGGACUUGUUUGGAUUGUACAUGUUAUGGGUGUACCAGACCCUCUCCAGUCUAGCCACUACUGCGUUGAAUGUUUUAGUUACUAUUCUGGAGAGUCUAGACUAAAGGCCUGGAGAAAGUCUCAUUGAUUGGAUCCAACUCUAAAAUAAUCGGUUCACAUGUUUGAUGAGUCAGUCUUGUUUUCUUAGGUUAAUUGUAGCAUAGGCAUUUCUAAUAUCAGCGUACUAUUUUUGUCAGCAAAGUGGUUUAAAAGCUACAUAAGCCAGUUGGAGCCUGGUGCACAUCAGAACAUAUUGCUUUGGCUUGUCAGUGUUGUGCAUCUCAUCCUCAAAGGAGCAGUUAACCAUUUCUCAACAUGACUCUGCCUUAAGAGCAUCACACAUUUGAAAUCGGGACAAGGAUGCAAAGGAACCAUUUCAGGAUGCACGAUGCUUCAUCAGCAUGUCUCAGUCUAUCCAAUCUCCUGAUGCUCCCAAACCACCACCUGGCCCAUUUGUGAAGUUUAUGCAUGAGAAGUAUUCAGAAAUUCAAAAGAAUAACCCAGGUGCCAAUAUGCAUAAAAUAAGCAAGAUUGCAAGUCAACUAUGGCAGGAACUAGACCCAGAGGAGCGAAAUGCAUACAAGUUACAUGCACAAGAAGAAUAUCAGGACUACAAACAGAAGUAUUUGGUGUUUUUAGAUGGACUCAGUGAGCAAGAAAAAGCUCAGCUACAUAAUGAUACACGUGCACAAAGGGCACAUCGAGAAAGAUUUAAAGAAAAACAAGAGUUUCGCAAUCUGGGAAAGCCAAAGAAACCACCAAACGCAUUCAUGCUGUUUGUGAGAUCUUCUCGGCUUGAACGGGGUGAUACAUCUAUGAUUCAAUUUAAUAAACGUCUUGCAGAUUACUGGCACAAUAUUCCCAAAGAGGAGAAAGAGAUAUAUGAGGAAGAUGCCAAGGUUAGAAGAGAACAGUACUUCAAGGAAUUAGAAGAGUGGGAGAAGAAAAUGAUAGAAAUGAGACGGGAAGAUGUUGUUCGCAGAAAAUUUCUUGCUAAAUUCAAAAGAACUUUUGUUUCUUAAGUAGCAAAGAAAUCCUUCCCAUCAGCCAAAAGACAGAAGACAAUCUCGGUAUCGCCAGCUUCCAGAAGGAAAGUCACAAAGAAGUCACACGUUUCAGAAGAAUAACAGAUUCUUGAAUUGUUCUGAUGCAUUUGUUUCAUGCAUAUGUCUUAUUCUCUUCGUGUAGACCUCUUUGACAGAUGUGUUUGCUUUCCAGUGAAGGAAUUUGGAUAAAGUGUCUGAGUAUCACCAGCAUCCAGAAGGAAAGUCACAAAAAGCCACACAUUUUAGGAGAAUCAGAAGCUGAUUCCUGAUAUAUUUUGAUAUCUUUGUGUCAUGUUUUUUUUUUCCCAGUAAAGUAAUUGUGGUAAUUUUGCAAGCUCUAAAUAACAUUAAAAUGUAUUUUGCCAAACAACAUAAACAAGGAGAGGGAGGAGUUUUUUGUUUGUUAAGGACGGAUUUCUUUUUACCUUUCUUUUUUAAACAGACAUCAGCUCUGCAUGGAGAAGUGGGUUUUUUUUAAUCAACUCAUCAGAGUAGCUUGUCUAAGUUAAAGGUGUCAGCUGAUUGUAAUCCUGGGAAAGCAAUAGCUUAAUUUUUUUUCCAUUUAUGUUUCUUUGGUUCCAACAGGUGAAAAUGGCAGACAAAAUUUCAUUAAGCUGACUGAUUUUAUGUUACAUGUAACCUGAGUGAUUCGUUAGUGAAUGUGUGUGCAUGCAUGCAUUCAGAAAAAAAGUGUGAUCUGGGUCUUUUUAUAUGAUGAUGACCAAGUUUGUAGUGUGUCACUGAAAGGUAGAAAUGUGUAUGAAAAAAAUUAAAGGACUUUUGAUGGCUGUUGACAUUGAACUCUAUUUUGGAUGUAAUAAUGUACAGGUAUCAUAUGAGAACUUCUCCCAGCAUUAUAUAAUGAGGGUAUUGAGUAAAUUAUCAUUUGAUGUUAGUAAAAUUCAGAAUUCACUGAACAUGUAUUUAGAAUUAAAUACCCAUGAUCUUUCUCUAUUGGCAAAUACCUAAAUUUAUGAAUGGGUUAAGAGUUUCUGGACGUUUUUGUUGUUUUUUUUUUUGCAUAGAAUGAUCAUUUCUGAGAGGCAUUUUAGAGCUUGUGAAAGCCUCAAAGCAGAAUGGACUUUGGGAACUAUUCCGAGAGAACUAGAUAAGCAUGAUGCGCAUGCUUGUAGUGCUGGCCAGUAACCCCAAUGUUCAGUAGAUGACCCAAAUCCUUACUGGGUUAGUUUUUAUUUAUGAUGAAUAGAAAGCAGCUUGAGUGAAAGCUAGAGAGUGUAACUCUUAAUAAAAAUCAGUUCCGAAGACAGCCCGAGUCCUUACUGGGCUAGCUUUUAUUUGUGAUGAGUAGGAAACCGACUCGUUGAUUAGCUUGAGUGAAAGCUAGAGACAUACUCUUAAUAAAAGUACUGACAGUUUUGUAAAGCUGUUGAAUUGUGUGCCUCAGACUCUGUAUGUAAAUGAAUUAAAUUUGAAAGGAAAUUUAGACUGCAA